AUGGGACGUAAAAAAAUUCAGAUUACAAGGAUUCAGGAUGAACGUAAUCGACAGGUAACGUUCACCAAAAGAAAAUUUGGCUUAAUGAAAAAGGCUUACGAACUUUCAGUGUUGUGUGACUGUGAGAUAGCCCUCAUUAUCUUCAAUUCAACCAAUAAACUAUUCCAAUAUGCUAGCACUGAUAUGGAUAAAGUUCUUUUGAAGUAUACUGAAUAUAAUGAACCGCACGAAAGUCGAACGAAUGCCGAUAUCAUGGAAGCUUUGCAAAGGAAGGAAAGCAAAUCGGGUGGAGUAGAAUCGGAUGAAGAUUCUCCCGGUUCUUCAACCCCGAACUUACCUAAUGGAACUUCAUCGAGCAGUGUCGCACCAACCAAUGCAUCCGUUACCAGCAGUACAUCUAGCAUGGAUUUCAACGGUGUCACCAAUAUAGCACAGCAGAUUUUCAGCUCAAACGUAUUCCUUUCACAUUCGGUCGUUUCAUACAAUGGUUCACAAGAUUCAACCGCUGCUAUCUCUUCCUCUUUAAGUCGACCGCAACAAAUGGAAUCGAUCAAAGCGCAUCAGUUAGGCUUUCCCUCGACAAGUUCAUUUCUGAAUUAUACCGAUUGUUCCUCUAGUCCGCGAUCUGUGGUCCCAGUAGCAGCCGGUAAUAGUGGAAACUGUGCUGGUAGCCCAACUUCUUGCGAGCAACACAUCAAUAUAGAUCAGCCAACACAGAAUGACACGCAACUGCAACUCACGCAUUCUAAAACCCAGGGUCAUUCUAUGUCUUCUGAUUUGAGGUUAACCUCAAGCGCCGGUACACGAAACGGUUCAGGUGACUUGAAUCAAGAAGAACAGCAGCACCUUAGAGUCGGAGGCUUCAGUACUUCCUCUUGGUUAGCCGUGCAACCAAAACCUUACAUCAAAGAUGAGCCCAAUUCACCGCCCGAAAAAAGAACACGAAUCGACGGAUGGCAGGCUCAGUCCAUAACAUGA